AUGGAUCCCACUGCAAAAAGCUGCGGGGCUCUCGACACCGCGAAGAAGCUCCGCACAUUCUUAGACGCUCUCAAAACAUUUUGCGUGCAGAACAGGGGCGGAUUCCAGCGCCGGUGUGACUUUUUCGAUGACUUAGGCUGUGCCGAUAUCCCGGGACUGAUGCAGUUUCUGGACCUUCUGGGUGCUACUUACAACAAAAGCUCCGGUGCCCCGCGAGGCUUCUGCAAGCUCGUAUGUAACCUGAUGAUCGGCUGGGCGGACAGCGGGGACAGGCAAGCCCUGGAUGGGAACGAACUAGAGGCGGCGAUGCUUUCCAAGUGGGCCGCGUGCGGGCGGCCGCGUCUGAUUCCGGAGGCGCUGAUGCGGCCCGAAUACAAGGCCGCGAUGGACUAUGCCGCAGAUUACCUUCUCGGUUCCGAUUUGGGGGCGAAAGCGAUUAGUAGCGGCUUGAGGCUUUCAAAGGUGCUCACGGGCAUGUACGCGAUCCAGAUUUACCUUCAUACGAGGGACCCCUUUGUCGAGCGUGUGGAGGAGGACCUUGCUGACGUCAUGGUGGAGGACCUGACGACGCUGGAUCUCCCGGAAGGCUGGAGGGACAUCUUACAACAGGAGUCCGCUGCCGCGACGCCGAAGCAGAAGCCGGCGUCCAACACAAGCGCCCCAUCUCUAAGGCCGCCAUCCGUGCGCGCGGCGCUUCGUGCGGAGAAGUGGCGCGCGCGCACUUUCUCCACGAGGGACGACGACGUUCCCACGUGCCGCGACUGCGACAAGCUCUUCGCGAGUGAGGCGUCCCUGGCUAACCACAAGCAGUACCGCUGCCCCACCCCCGCAAAGGACCGCGGCAGCUCGCGAAACGAGAAGAGCGAAACGUCCGCAGUCGACGUAGACCCGGACGAGGAUCCGACCGUCCGCAAGAAGGCCAAAUCCGGUGUCAGCGAGGGCAUUCCGGCGGAAGCGAGAAGGUCCCCGGAAGAUGACGUAGCUGCUGACGUGGCUCAAGCGCUGAAGGCGAUGCUAGCGAAGGGGAUCAAAGCAGGGGCGCGGCUCCUGACCGAGGAGGGAUGA